CAAAAAAGUAACAAACAGGCAGUUUCUGGGUGGGGGUAGGGUAGGCAAGAGGCAAAAAAAAAUACCAACCUAACACCCCGGAAAGUAGUUUCUAGUUAGCUGGGAACAAUCAUCGCUAGAAUUGUGUUUUCUAUUGCUUUAGCUAACGUUAGCUAGGAAAUUAAAUAUUAGGUAAUUACCGAAGUCCAAGAAAGUUAUCGUGGAGUAGCUAACGUUAGCUACAUUUUGUUAACAAUUCGAAAAGUCAGCAGAGAGAAGGAUGUUUCUGCUGAUGUAGAUACGAAGAAAGACGAGAGAGAUGGAAAUUGGGACGAUUCUUAAGGAGGGACAUGGCCCAGGAGACUAACCAAAGCCAAGCACCACUCCUCUGCACCACGGGCUGUGGUUUCUACAGCAACCCGCGAAACAAUGGCAUGUGCUCUGUGUGCUACAAGGACUUUCUCCAGAGACAAAACAACAAUGGACGUGUCAGUCCCCCAGCGGCAUCCUCGGCGGUGGCGGUUUGCAGCCUGGGAGAGUCUCUCCUGGCCCAGUGCUCAGAGAGCAGUACUGUAGAUGUGCCAUCAGCCACUGCCCACGCAGACAGUGGAACUACAAGCAGCGUUGUAUCCAGCCAGUCCCUCUCAACACCACCAAAUCAUUCUGAUGAGGAGAGCACAGCCACAUCUGAAGCAGGCCUGAAAACAGAAGACAUACAGGAGCGAGCUCCAUUUAGCACAGCUAUAGGUGGCAGACAGCAGUCAAGUUCAGCAGAUAGCUCAGGGCCUCGCUUCGAUGCACAGGCUAGUCAGCCAAUGAGAGACCAGGAUAGCAUGGACAGAAAUGCAGCCAAAAGGCCCUCCCCGGGGUACAGCUCUCACAAGCGGAAGCUAGAGGAGGCAGAUGAAGAGAAGGCAUCAGUAUCUGUAUCAGAGGACUCUGACCAGGCCUCAGUGGACGGACAGGACAGACCCACAGAAUCAGACAAACCCAAAGUUCUUAAGAAGAAUCGCUGCUUUGCCUGCCGCAAGAAAGUGGGUCUCACCGGCUUCGACUGCCGAUGUGGCAACGUGUUCUGUGGCGCCCACCGGUACUCAGACAUUCACAACUGCACCUUUGACUACAAGGCAGACGCCGCAGAGAAGAUCAGGAAAGCAAACCCUGUCGUUGUCGGGGAGAAGAUCCAAAAGAUUUAGAAACGGGAGGGUGUCGUGAUCUCCGCUGAAGCCGGCAGGUUUAGGUUAACCAUCAACCACCUUUUCAAUUUCUCUCCGUUUCAUCUUUGAUUCAAAGUUUUGUGAGCAAUGUUCCAUUGGUAAUGGGCCCUUCAAAUCAUGCAUGACACCUGCCAAACAAGGAGGAUUUGGAUGUUUCUUUUUACUUAACCUGUUUCUUUUGCAGUUUGACAUUAUUUUAUCCCUUGAAUAUUGUUGUGAAAUCUGAAAUAAGCUUAAGAUUUAAUCUUCCGACUUUGAUUAAUUACCAUACUAACAGGGCUUUAAUUACUUUGAGUUCGGGGCUACUGGAAGGGCUGUGCUUUUUCUGGUGCCUAUAAAAAUGCAUGUUAAAAAGCAUCAAAUAACUGUCCUUUAUUUUGUACUGUAUGUAGCCUCAUUUUAAUAACUUGUGUAUAAUGACACAAACACAACAAAACAGACUUGGUUUUACGUUAUCAGCAGAAGACACCAGGAUUAGGGCAUACAUUUGCGCCCUUGCUCUCUAACUUUUUUGUAUAAUUGAGUCAUUUAGUGUGUGUGCGUGUGGGUGCGCGCUGCUGUGUAAAUGAGUUUGAAUGUUUAAUGUGUAUCCUGAGUGAUUAUGAAUAGCCUGUGUGCACGUUGUUGCUGGUUGUGUUUAUAUGAUAUGAAGAUAGCUCAUUUAUGGGUGCACAGAAGUAUGACCUGAUUUAUUAUGCUGUAUUUAUGUUAGUUUAUUCACUGUCUCAACUUUGAUCUGAAUAAAGUUUUAACAAAUUUGAAA